AUGAAUAUCUUGAUCAGCAGCAAAUAGGACUUAAGCUAAGCUUUUUACACAAACAACCAUACAUCUAUAAAAUAGCUUACUCUAAACACAAUAGGAUUUGGCUCAUUCACUGUUAAUGAAAUGGAAUAUUUAUUUGAAUACAUUAGAAAGUGUCGCUCCUUAGAGACAAUAAAUCUUUACUUUAAUGAUUCCAAUAUUGAUGAAAACUUGGCAGAUUUGAUGGAAGUACUUAAGUGGGUCAUAAAUUUAACCUCUCUAAAGAUAUAAUUCAAUUAUUUGAAGAAUCCAAACAAAUUUUGUGAACAAAUCCAAAAGGAUUUAAAAAGUUUAUUGGCUCUCAACCAUUUCUCUGUUGAAAUUACAAAUAGUAGUAUUAAGAUUGAGCAUAUCAAGAAACUAAUAUCAGGAAUCAACAGUAACUAAAAACUGAGGUGUUUGGAUAUUAAUUUCAGCUCUAAUUAAAUUGAUGGGGAUGUAAUUGAGCUCCUUAUAAAACCCUUAGCAUAAAUUAAUCAAAUAGAAAAUUUAUGCCUGAAUUUAUUCAAUAAUAAUAUUAAUGGAGAUUGCUUGUAAUAAAGCAGAGCUUUAGCUUUUCAAAGCAGAAUUAUAUCUUUAAAGCUUUUCUUAGGGUAAAAUUCUUUAAGUGAUAAUGGAGCUAAUAGAUUAGGUCUCUUUUUGGCCAACAUGAAGUAACUCAAAGAUUUAACCUUGUCAAUAGAAUCUAAUAAUAUUGGACUCGAAGGAAUAUCUUAACUUUAAAGUUCAAUUCAAAAGAUAUAAAAUCUUUAAAGUAUGCUGAUCUAAAUUGGUUAAAAUAACUUAGAUGCUGAUUGUUUAAAAAUAAUUGGAAGCGGAUUAUAAAAAUUAUGGCAUCUUAGCAAACUUUGCAUCAACUUGCAGAAUAGUGUUAGCAUUCAUCAAGGAGUCGUAUUUAUGCUUGAGGGCUUAUCAAGGUGCUAAAACAUAUAAUUUUUAAAUAUAAAUUUAAAUAACUGUUCAUUAACAACAGAAGACAUUAGUUCUAUUUUCAAUUAGAUUUCUAAAUUGAAUAGAAUAAAAUAACUUGGCGUCAAAUUAGAAAAUAACUUUUUUGAUUCCAGAUGUAUUUAAACAAUUGGCAAUUCUCUAAAAUCUCUAUAUUUUAUAAAGAAUUUAAUUUUAAAUCUUGACUACAAUUAAAUUGACUCUUCUUUUGUAAAGAGUUUAGGAUAGUUGAUCAAAUAAGAAACAAAUAUAUUAAAUGUCUGCAUAACUUCUGGAAAUAAAAAUAACAAACUAAGCAUUUAGUACUUUAACGAUGAAAGCAAGCACACUAUUUUUGCUUUUUGA